AAAAAAAACAAAAAUAUGAAGCCAUUGUACAUUCUUUCAGUGUCUGCAGUUGCCGUCUUGUAUCAGAUGAGCACAGUUCAUGCAGCAAGUGUGGCCGAACUAGAGGAUGCUAAUUCAUAUACGCAUAAAAUACUAGUUGCAAAUAAACUAAACAGAAUUAAAGAUCAUUCAGUCAACAGGCAUGGUGCAGUGGCUCUGCGCUCAUGGGAUGAAGCGUACGAAAAGGCAACAGCUCUCGUUCAGCAAAUGUCGCUCGAGCAAAAAGUGAACAUUACUACUGGAAUAGGAUGGGAAGCAGGCCCAUGCGUUGGAAAUACAGGAAGAACGACCAACCCAGAUUUCCCUGAACUCUGCUUACAAGAUUCCCCUUUGGGCGUUCGAUUCGCAGACGGUAUAAGCUCAGGUGUGGCGGGAAUCAAUGCAGCUGCGUCGUUUGAUAAAGAAGCGAUCAGAAAGCGUGGUGAAUAUAUGGGAGCAGAAUUCCGCGCGAAGGGUGCUCAUGCCCAACUUGGACCUUCGAUGAAUAUGUUGCGAUGUCCUACAGGUGGGAGGAAUUGGGAAGCCUUCGGUGAAGAUCCUUUUUUGGUCGGAGUGGCUUCCGCUGAGACCAUUGUUGGUAUUCAAAGCCAGGGCGUAAUGGCUGUCGCUAAACAUUUACUUGGAAAUGAACAAGAAACCAAUAGAAAUGAGCACUCUGCAUACAUUGAUGAACGAACAAUUCACGAGGUUUAUCUGUGGCCAUUUGCUCGAGCGGUGGAAGCAGGUGUUGCUUCAGUCAUGUGUGCAUAUAACAAAAUCAACGGUGUUUAUGCUUGUGAAAGCGACUAUACCAUCAACAAGCUCUUAAAGGGAGAGCUUGGGUUCCGUGGGUAUGUUCAAAGUGACUGGUCUGCAACGCAUUCGACUGUAGAUAGUGCAAACCAUGGUUUAGAUAUGACCAUGCCAGGUGAUAUUUCGUUCCAUUCAAGAGACUCCUACUUUGGCGCCAAUUUAACAAAGGCUGUGCGUGCUGGACAAGUUAGUGAAGCUAGAAUAACUGAUAUGGCAACAAGGAUCAUUGCUGCUUGGUACAAGGUUGGACAAGACAAGAAUUUCCCCGAAAUCAAUUUUGACAGCUUUAGGCCAAAAAAUGAUAAGCAUGUAAAUGUUCAAGGCGAUCACAAGAUAGCUAUUAGACAGAUGGGCGCUGCUUCGACUGUUUUGUUAAAGAACAAAGACUAUAUUUUACCGCUGAGGGAACCAAGUAUUAAAAAGAUUGCAAUCAUAGGCUCAGAUGCAGGUCCAAACCCUGAUGAAUUAAACUGUGAAGAUCACGGUUGUAACAAAGGAACCUUAGCACAAGGAUGGGGUUCUGGUACAGCCAACUACCCUUACUUAAUCACGCCUUCAGAAGGAAUUCGUAACAGGGCCGGAAAUAACAUAGAAAUUAUAGAGUACUUGAGAGACGAUAAUUAUGACCUUGCAUCAAAAGUAGCAGCAUCAGCAGAUAUUGCCAUUGUAUUUGUUAACGCAAACUCUGGAGAAGAAUUUAUUACAGUAGAAGGAAAUAAAGGAGAUCGUAAGCAUCUUCGAUUAUGGAACGACGGUGAUGGGCUUAUUCAUGCUGUAGCAGGUGCCAAUCCAAACACGAUCGUUGUCGUCCACUCGGUUGGUCCUAUUCUUAUGCCUUGGGUAAUGAACCCUAAUGUAAAGGCAAUUGUUUGGCCAGGAUUACCUGGGCAAGAGUCUGGUAAUUCCUUGGCAGAUAUAUUAUUUGGAGAUGUUAACCCAUCCGCAAGACUACCAUACACAAUAGCCAGAGAGGCACAUCAUUACCCUGCUAAUGUCAGUCAACAGAUGGAGUUUAAAUACUCAGAGGGAAUAUAUAUCGGCUAUCGAUGGUUUGAAAAAGAAAAGAUAGAACCCCUCUUUGAGUUUGGUUAUGGAAUGUCUUACACUACGUUUGAAUAUACAGAAAUGAAGAUUGACCAUAUCAGAGGAAGUCAACAGAAUCCAGACAAUCUUGAAGUAACAGUGCAUGUGAAAAUCAGGAACACUGGUCAAUUUGAUGGAGCAGAGGUUGCUCAACUUUACUUGACCUUCCCAAAAGCUGCACAGGAACCACCAAAGAUUCUGCGAGGUUUUGAAAAGAUAUACCUUACUAUUGGAGAAGAAAAGGAGGUUACAUUUACUUUGAAAAAGAAAGAACUUAGUUAUUAUGAUACAAAGUAUCAUGAGUGGGCUGUGCCAAAGGGAGAAUUCAUUGUUCAUGUUGGAUCCAGUAGCAAAGCCAUUAGAGGAACGAGUAGCUUUACUUUAUAGAAAUGACUUUCAAAUAAAAGAAUAUCAGAAU